UAUAGUUCUAGUUGCCUAAAUUUUGGCUUAUCACAACAACUGAAACCAUGUUUGGUUGGGUGUAUUAGCCCCACUUAAUUCCCAUGUAAUCUGUUGUUUGGUUGGUUGUAUUACCAUUACGUCUCAAAUCUGUUCCUUCCCUAAUACACCCGGUCGCAUAAUAGCUAUUCCCCCCAUCCAGCGUCGAUUAGAGAAUCCUUACCCAUUUCUUAUUUUCGUUUUUUUUUUCUGCCCUCAUAGAUUUCUGCUUCUUCUUCCAUCGGCAUUGCAGAUCUAUCCUCAUUUCUUCUGCUUUCAUAACAAAUCCUCAACAUUGUCUUCAUCGGAGGCCGAUUUCAGCUUUUGUUCCAUGGAUUUGUUAUCUCAAUCGGCUGACACUUCAUCAACGCUCUCUUUAGGGUUAGUUUCAUCUUCGCCGCAGUCUAUACUGGGUUACUAUUGCCCGGAGAUAGGAUCAUGGGAUUGGAUACUCCAUCAGGAGGGAAUACCAGUCAUGGGUAUUAUACCCCACAUGGUAGAAAAGUAUCUUCUGCUUCAAUUUUCUUUGAGAGUUUGCCAUAUAAAGUGAAUCCACAAACUGGGUAUAUAGAUUAUGAGAAGUUGGAAGAGAGGGCGCUUGAUUUUAGGCCUAAGAUAUUGAUUUGUGGUGGUAGUUCGUAUUCGAGGGAAUGGGAUUACGGAAGGUUUCGACAGACUGCGGAUAAGUGUGGUGCUGUUUUGCUUUGUGAUAUGGCUCAAAUCAGUGGACUUAUUGCUGCUAAGAAUUUGCCAAUUUUCCUGAAAGUGUUGUUGCUCUUGCAAGAGAAAAGGCUGCUAAAUUGGAAGAUUUCUCACCGACUUCAAUCAUUUCAACUGAUGCUGGACAAGAGAGCUGAAAACCCGAAUCAAGAAGUACUUUGAAGGGGAUGAAGAGGCACUCCCUUCAGUUCUUGAGGCCAUUUUGCGGAGAAAGUUAGCUGGGAAGCAUGAGGAGACCAAUGAUGAAUUGAUGGAUGAAUUGGAGGUGCAACCACGAGACGAUGUGGAUGAUGAAGAGUUCGAGUCAGAUUUUGAUAAUUUGUACUCGACUGAUGAAGAGAUACUUGCAAUGUUUUUGAUGAAAUAAAGUGUGGAUAGAAAACCUGUCAAUACUUGCAAUGUUUGUCCAUAAUGUUUGUAAAUGAGAAAUGACCCUAGUCUACAUCAUUUCUCAAAGCCUGCGAUUGCAUGUAAAUGUCACUAGAAAGCUGUUGCUAAGGCUUAAGAAACUGUUUAAUGAGUCAGUGUUGGUUGUUUCAAGUUUACUUUAAUAUCACCCUGUUUACUGCUUUAUAGUUUAACUUUUGUAUGGUAAGUGAUUUGUAUACUAGUUGUUUCUCUUGAAUAUGCAUGCAGAACUUAUAUAUUAGAAGUUACAAACACAGAUUUGCUGCUUGAUAA